GUGUAAUUUAUUUAUUACUUUCCAGAUAUUCUGCUACGUAAGUUACGCUGUAUUUCUAAAUCCUUUUUGUAAUUACAUCUCAAUCGCAUCGGACCCUGACUCAGUUGGGUAGUACUAAAAGGUUCCACGUAUUAUUCUUACCCAUGUUGUUUAGCAACAGCCACUUCUGGAAACUCAAACUCAUUGAAAGACUCAGCCCACUGCGAAUAGAUGAUGUACACCCGCAUACUGGUGAUUGUUUUCAGACCAACCACAACUUUGAAACAAUCAACAACGGUUUUACAGACCUAACACCGCAUCUAGUCAGAUGACUGAGAGAGCAAAUGGGAAAACUGAAAAACCGGAUUGGUUUGUUGGUGAUUGCAAUAGCAUUUCUUUUCACAAUUGUUGUUCUUGCUUUGAAUUUCUGGACCUCAGAAUGCUAUUAUUCCAGGAAUGAAUUGGAUGAGUCUAGUCGAGUCAAAAAUUGGAUUAAAACAUAUGGCUGGCCUGCAGUGCUGUCGUCUAGAUCCUUGUUGGGGAAUCAACUUUUCUCCAGUGACAAGACGAACAACAAGAAAGCGCAGGAUAUCGUCGAAGAUGGGCCAGUUUUCGCAUCCGUCAGUGUGGCUGAUUGGCAAAAGACGGAUGUCCAGACGCUUUCAAAACAACAAAUUCAUGAUUAUCUUUUGUGGACUAACCAGUCGUCCUGUCAAAUUUCUCAAUCCUUUGGUGGUUUUCUAGUUUCAUCUGCCAACGGUCUCCUGGUAUCGUUCGACGGACAAAAAGCCGUUUGCCUGGAUCAGGCAGUCGCCCCACCACCCAACAAAUGCCUCGUUUAUUCGUUCGGAAUCAACAACGAUUGGAGUUUCGACGAAGCCAUGGAACUCUACGGAUGCCAAAUUUUCUCUUUCGAUCCGUCCAUGAACGUUUCAAAUCACAACCGAACGGAGGCCAUCCAUUUUUAUCAAAUGGCGCUUGAUGACGUCGACAAGGACGAAUGGAACAAGAGCAAGAGCAUUCCGUCACGAACGCUGGCCUCCAUUUACGACAUGCUGAAUUCUCUGCAUGGCGGCGACUCAUCCGUCAUCGACUAUCUUAAAAUUGAUGUGGAAACGACCGAGUGGCGAGUCUUGCCUCAAAUCAUUGAAUCGGGGAUGAUGGACAAGGUGAGGCAGUUGGCCGUGGAGAUCCAUCUGGACUGCGACAAGUCCAUUAGACACUGCCGACAGCAAGCCGGAAUUCUCCAGUCGCUGGAAGGCUACGGAAUGGUCCGCUUUGAUUCCAAACCCAACAUGUAUAGCAAGUCGAUUAUGAAUAAUGACUCGGUUUUCAAUAGUUAUGAAAUUGCGUGGUACAAUAACCGACUAGUUCGCGGUCUACGGCUGUAAAGACCAAAUAAAGAUUGCCAUAUGUUCUAUUUGGCUAGAUAGUUUCCAGUGUCAAAUUAAAACCUUAAAACUACUUAACACCACUGAAAAUCUUAAUACUGUUGCCAAACAUAUUUUAUGCAACCGAAUCGGGGAAUUCAAAAAAUUGGCGAAUGAAAAUAAACUUCGUAAUUCGCAGUGUUCUCCAUAAUUAUUUGAUCUCCAUAAAUAAAAUUUGGGGCACAUACUACCCAGAAAAAAUAAAUG